AAAAGCUUUAGCCACGAGCGGCUUCGUCCAGAUCAAGGAUACAAAAAAGAGUUUAGUGUUUUGCGUGAUUACAGCUUGGACAAUAAAAGCCAGGGCCGACAGUCGAUGAGCUCUCAGAAAGUCGGACCAGAAAGUGAUACUGAUUCCAUGGCGGAAUAUGGUGAAGGUGAUACAGGUGGUCAAUUUACCGAAGACGGUUCCUUCAUUGGGCAGUACGUGCCCGGUAAGCCUCCAGUCAGUGCGCAGUCAACUCCGCAGAACCCGUCACUCCAGGGCGCUAACGCCGGGAUGGCCACCUACGUCUAAGCGAGCAGUGGUGUGAUGGUUAAAAAAAAGCGGAAUCGUGAAUCUCAAAGCUCGUUUUAAUAAUUGUUGAACGCAAAUACGCGGAGAUGUCGAUUGAUACUAUUUAAGAAACGACGGACGUCCAGAGUGCGGCUUAGCUGAAUUUUUCUGCAUUGAGAAAAAAAGAUAUUCGUUCAUUAGAUAUGAGAGAAAGAGAGCAGAAGAAUACAGAUACCGAUGUAACUUAUUUUCAUUUGCAUUCGAAGACAUGUUAGAUUGAAAUCUGUUUCUUUCUGAGCCUGAGGAAUUAUUUGAGCUAAGGUAGAAUGUUCUGUGGAGUGUUACGUCGACUGUUGUUUCAUUUUUUUUAUUCUAUACCAUCUUCCUUAAAACAAUGGAGUUAAUGAUUAUUUCUCAUUUGCUGCUUUAUCGAAAUCAGGUUUUUUUCCUUUUUUAUACAACUGAAUUCCCUGUAAUGACGCGACAUUUCAAGCACAAACUAUAUCAAAACAAUGAAAAAUUGAAAAUAAAUCUAUGUUUUCUUUUUCGAACACUCACAAAACAUGCCUGAGCAAAAGUAAUCGUUAGGAAUCUGUUUAAAAGCAUAAUUCAUCCUGCUUAAUAUCACUUAUACUAAAAAGGUCCAUAAAAAAUUGACGCUUUUAAGACACAAUUUAGACAACUUUUGUAAUAAGUAUUUUGUUAUUCAAAUUUUUGUGUUUCGAAGGCAGCUAGUGAAAUGAACUAGUAAAUUUUCAUUUUCUGAACCUAUAUAGCUUAUGGCUCUUAGAAUUCGAACGUAUAGCAGCAUACUUAUUGACGUGCUAAUUUAUUUUCCUAUCUUACAACCUUGGCAGCGAGACGAAAAGCAUUGUUGUUAAUUUUAUAAUUGUUUAUAAAAUUAGUGGAACAAAAUGAAUAGAUUGAAACAGAUGUUUUCUUAAAAAAAAGGUGGCACAAAAUUAUUCUCAAACCUAUCUCAACCAAAAUUCUCUCUAUUCCCAAUAUAUAAUAUUAUAAUGAAAACUCAGAGCAAGCAACAUCACAUUCACAUUUCUACUACGUUAUAAUGAAGAAAUAGACUACGCUGCAAAAAAUCUGCUAUACCUACUUAUUAAGAAUUAUUUUCAGCUACUUAUUAUAAUCAGUUGUAAAUCGAUAACGUUUGUACAUAAAACUGGCAAACGAGAACACAGAUAAGUCUUUAUUUCAGUAAAUAAUGAAAGUGCCACCACAGGAUUCAAUUCAUAUCGCAUUCCGUGGAAAGAAAAUCACGGUAAUAAUCUCAAGGAACGAAUAUUGGAUACAUGCUGAAGACAGCAAACCACUCGAAGAAAACUAUUCGGUCUCUUUUUUAUCUUUAUUUUCAUAAUUUAAAACGUUAGCUCAUAAAUUUAAGCAAACAAAACAAACAACAAAACUGCUGAAUAUUUACUUUUAUUUGUAAUAAAGGAGUAAUUUACACAAUUUA